AGAACCCUUAGGACCGUGGCGGGUGUUGAAACACGCGCGGGUGUUUGCUCGCUUUACACGCUCAACAGUUAGCAUUUUUUACGACUUGGCGGGGCUUUCCACGCCAUGGAGCAAGGAAUCCGCUAUGACAAAACCUUCAUCCACAUCGAGGAAGCCCCAGCAGGUCUGCUUGCGGCUUCAAAGUGUCGUGCCAAGAGUGCUCCUCCCAUGUUCGGACGAGAGAAAGAUCCGGAGGUGAAGUGGCGGAUGUGGAAGGGAUUUCAAGUACAACAGCUCAUGAUGCAAACUCAGCAACGAGCUCUAAGUCUUCCUCUUCCACCUGCAGCAAGUUCGGAAAAAGCAGCCGUUCACGGAGCUGCUCUGUUUGCUGGAAGCUUUGGACAUCCAGACUUAUGCAGAAGGCCAUGUAUCCUCUUCAUGAAGAACAUCUGUCGGAGAGGCUCGACCUGUGGCUUUUGUCACUUGCCACAUGAAACACGCCUCCCCAGCUUCAACCUCCAGCAGAGACACUUUCUCCAGAAGCUCUCCGACUUCAAUUUUCUCCAG